CCGCCCUCACUCUCCUGCUGCCCGCAGCCCGGCACCACUCGGCAGCUCCGCGCCGAGGAGGGAGGCACCGCUGGAGAUAAUCCUUUCCCUCCCUGCCCCCCGCCCCGAGCAGCAGCAAGAGGAGGAGAGGGGCUGGCAGGAUGGCGACCGUGGUGGUCGAAGCGGAGCCGGACCCGUCUUGUAGCAUCCCCAACCCCGCGUCCCCCACGCCCAGCCUCUCGCACCGCUUCCUCGACAGCAAAUUCUACCUGCUGGUGGUCAUCGGCGAGCUCGUGACCGAGGAGCACCUGAGGCGAGCCAUCGGCAACAUAGAGCGAGGAAUCCGAUCAUGGGACACAAAUCUGAUUGAAUGCAACUUAGACCAAGAACUGAAACUUUUUGUGUCUCGCCAUUCAGCUCGGUUCUCUCCUGAAGUUCGAGGUCAGAAAAUUCUUCACCACAGAAGUGAUGUCUUAGAAACAGUAGUCCUGAUUAACCCUUCAGAUGAAGCAGUUAGUACUGAGGUGCGCUUAAUGAUCACAGAUGCUGCAAGACACAAGCUUCUUGUACUAACUGGCCAGUGCUUUGAAAACACAGGAGAGCUCAUUCUCCAAUCAGGAUCUUUCUCGUUCCAGAACUUCAUUGAGAUCUUCACUGAUCAAGAGAUUGGUGAAUUACUGAGCACUACACACCCUGCCAACAAAGCCAGUUUAACUCUGUUUUGCCCUGAGGAAGGGGACUGGAAAAAUUCAAACCUUGACAGACAUAACCUUCAAGACUUCAUUAACAUUAAACUCAACUCAGCAUCCAUAUUGCCUGAAAUGGAAGGACUUUCUGAAUUCACAGAGUAUCUGUCAGAAUCGGUAGAAGUGCCAUCACCCUUUGACAUUUUGGAACCGCCAACAUCUGGAGGUUUCUUGAAGCUCUCAAAACCCUGCUGUUAUAUUUUCCCAGGUGGAAGAGGGGACUCUGCAUUGUUUGCAGUGAAUGGAUUCAAUAUGCUCAUUAAUGGGGGAUCUGAAAGAAAAUCUUGCUUCUGGAAACUUAUCCGACAUUUAGACAGAGUGGAUUCCAUUCUGCUCACCCACAUUGGGGAUGAUAAUCUACCAGGAAUCAAUAGCAUGCUUCAACGAAAGAUAGCUGAGUUAGAAGAGGAACAGUCACAAGGUUCUACUACCAACAGUGACUGGAUGAAAAAUCUGAUCUCACCUGAUUUAGGAGUUGUAUUCCUCAAUGUUCCUGAAAAUCUGAAAAACCCUGAUCCUAAUUUUAGGGUAAAAAGAAGCAUAGAAGAAGCUUGUUUCACUCUCCAGUAUUUAAAUAAGUUGUCUAUGAAACCAGAACCUCUCUUUAGAAGCAUAGGAAAUACCAUUGAUCCUAUCAUUCUGUUUCAAAAAAUGGGAGUAGGCAAACUUGAGAUGUAUGUGCUCAAUCCAGUCAAAAACAGCAAAGAGAUGCAGUAUUUUAUGCAGCAGUGGACUAGUACAAGUAAAGAUAAAACUGAAUUACUGCUGCCAAAUGGUCAGGAAGUAGAUAUUCCAGUAUCCUAUUUGACCUCAGUCUCAUCACUGAUCGUUUGGCAUCCAGCAAAUCCUGCAGAAAAAAUAAUCAGAGUUUUGUUUCCAGGAAACAGUACUCAAUAUAACAUACUAGAAGGACUGGAAAAACUCAAACAUUUAGAUUUCCUUAAACAACCAAUGGUUACACAGAAAGACCUUACUGGUAAUAUACCUAGCCCAGCAGUGAAACAAGCAAAGCUGAAACAGCGAACGGACAGCAAGGAAAGUCUCAAACCUGCCACAAAGACACUAUCAACCAAGACUGUCAGAAAAGAAUCUAAAGAAGAAGCAUCUGAACCAGCAAAGCCUAGUCCUCCAGAAAAGCCUCAGAAAGUAGAAAGCAAGGAAAAGACUACAGUAAAAAAGGAAAAACCGGCAAAAGCAGAGACAAAACCUUUAGUAACAGAAAAAGAUAUGACAGUUAAGGAGGAGCAGCUAGUAAAAUCCGAAAUUGCUGAAAAACAAGCAGCAGAUGUCAAACCAAAAGUUGCAAAGGAGAAGCAUGUGAAAAAGGAAGUGAAAGUAAAAUCUGAAGAAAAGAGAGAGGAAAAAGAAAAACCAAAGAAAGAGGUUUCUAAGAAAGAGGAGAAAACACCUACCAAGAAAGAGGAAAAACCUAAAAAGGAAGAAAUCAAGAAAGAAGCGAAAAAGGAAGUGAAAAAGGAAGAGAGAAAAGAGUCUAAAAAAGAAUUAAAGAAAGAAACUCCCCAAAAGGAAGCUAAAAAGGAAGCUAAAAAAGAAGAGAAAAAGGAAAUUAAAAAGGAAGAAAAAGAAUCCAAAAAAGACACCAAAAAGCUUCCAAAAGAAACAAAGAAAACACCUGCUCCUUCAACUGAAGCCCGAAAGCCUGUGACAAAACCUAAAGCACAAAAGAAAGAGGAACCUGUUAAAAAGGAAGCUGGGCCUGCUGGAAAACCAAAGGAAAAAGGCAAAAUUAAGACAGUAAAGAAAGAGAGCAAGGUCAGUGAAACACAAGCUGCUGUGGCUGCAGUGGGAGCGGUUGCAGCAGUAGCAGCAGCUGCUGGAGUGGUAGCUAAUGGAAAAGAACUUGAAGCUGAGAGAUCCCUUAUGUCUUCACCAGAGGAUUUAACAAAAGACUUCGAAGAAUUAAAGGCUGAAGAAGUAGAAAUAGUAAAGGAAACAAAGCCUCAGGUAGAGUUAAUAGAAGGUGAAGAGAAACUAGCUGACUCAGAACAAAAGGAAGCACGUGAAAUCCAGAAAGAAAAACUAGAUACUGAAGGACCUGCUGACUCUCCUGAUGAAGGUAUAAUGACCACUGAAGCUGAGGGUGAAUGUGAACAGACACCUGAAGAGCUGGAGCCUGUAGAAAAGCACAGGGUUGAUGACCAUGAAAAAUUUGAAGAUGAAGGAACUGGUUUUGAGGAAUCAUCCGAAGCGGGUGAUUAUGAAGAAAAGGCAGAGACUGAGGAAGCUGAGGAACAAGAUGAAGAUGAGGAAGAAAAAGCAACAGUGGGCAUCACAAAACAGGAUAUUGGCAUGGCAAGAGAAAUGGGAGAGAUUGAAGCUGAUAAAUAUGCUAAAACUAAAGAUAAAUAUGUUGAAAAGGCAGAAUCUGAGGCAGGGGAUGAGCGAGCUGAAGAAGACAUGGAAGAGACUGUUGAAAAGGCAGAAACUGAAGAGACUGAAGAAGAAGCUGAGGACGAAGACAAAAUGGAGGAUGUCAGAGAUGAAGAAGAGGAAACUGAAAAAGUCGAAGCUGAAGAAGAUUAUGUUAUGGCUGUGGUAGACAAAGCUGCAGAGGCUGGUGAAGUUGAAGAUAAAUAUGGCUUACUCAUAAUCACACCAGCUAAACACUCUGAACCUCAGUCCCCAGCUGUUGAACCAGCAUCUUCUAUCCAUGAUGAGACUUUACCUGGCGGUUCAGAAAGUGAAGCAACUGUUUCCGAUGAAGAAAAUAGAGAAGACCAACAUGAGGAAUUCACUGCUACUUCAGGUUAUACUCAGUCUACCAUUGAAAUAUCCAGUGAGCCAACACCAAUGGAUGAAAUGUCAACUCCUCGGGAUAUCAUGAGUGAUGAAACGAACAACGAAGAAAGUGAAUCGCCUUCUCAAGAAUUUGUAAACGUUACUAAGUAUGAGACAUCACUGUAUUCUCAAGAAUAUACUAGACCUAAACUCUCUCCACUUCAUGAUGCUUUCAAUGGUUUAUCUGAAGGAUCAAAAACAGAUGCCACAGAAGGUAAAGAUUAUAAUGCUUCAGCUUCUACUCUCUCACCCCCUUCUUCAUUAGAGGAAGACAGAUUCUGCAAAUCUUCCUUUCAAGAAAUGUACCAUCAAAGAGAAAAUGAAAUCAAAAGUACUGCUAAAUUAGAAAUCAAAGAUACCUUUUCACAGGCAUUUGAGGGAAAAAAGCAUAGCCCAGCUAAGAGUCCAGUUCAGAGUCCAUCACCUCCAUCACCAGUUGCUAAAACACCACUAAGUGAACGUAGUGUGAACUUUUCUCUGACCCCAAAUGAGAUUAAGGCAUCAGUUGAACCUGUAGUGCUCACUGCAUUGCCUGAUGAACAUCCAGAAGUCAUUGAAGAGCACUCUGUCAGCCCGGAUGAUAAAACAUUAGAAGUGGUGUCUCCUGCACAAUCUGCUGCUGGUAGUGCAGGCCACACACCUUAUUAUCAGUCUCCCACUGAUGAAAAGUCCAGCCAACUUCCUUCUGAACUCACUGAAAAGGCAGCAGAGGCUCCAGUUAGUUUUGAAUUUAGUGAUGCCAAAGAUGAGACUGCAAAACCCAGAAUAAGCCCUAUGGAUGAGCCUGUGCCAGACUCAGAAUCGCCUAUUGAAAAAGUUCUCUCUCCUUUACGAAGUCCACCUUUGAUAGGUUCAGAGUCUUCCUAUGAUACAUUUUUGACUGCCGAUAUAAAGUCAACUGCCAGACUGACUGAGGGUCAUUUUGAGGAGAAAAGUGAAAAAGAAGAGUCUCCUGUUCAGAUAAGCCCAGUUUCUGAAGUCACCUCUGUGGAUCUUUUCCAAGGACAGCAAGAUGAAAAAGGUAUGGCGUUUAUGCCUGCUAAAGGUUUUGGUCUAGAAAAGAAUAUGGAGGAUAUUGAAGCUACCAGUUCUCAGUCUCCACUUGUUUUGGAUGAAAGGAAGUUAGCAGGAGAUAUCUCUCCUACACAAAUAGAUGUUAGCCAGUUUGGAUCUUUUAAAGAAGACACCAAAAUGUCAAUAUCUGAAGGUACAAUCUCUGACAAAUCUGCAACUCCCGUUGAUGACGUUGUAGCAGAAGACACAUAUUCACAUAUAGAAGGAGUUGCUUCUGUCUCCACAGCUUCUGUUGCUACUAGUUCAUUUCCAGAGCCUACUACAGAUGAUGUAUCUCCUUCUUUACAUGCUGAGGUUGGAUCACCACAUUCUACAGAAGUUGAUGAUUCUCUUUCUGUAUCUGUUGUACAAACACCGACAAUUUUUCAGGAAACAGAAAUGUCUCCAUCUAAAGAAGAAUGUCCGAGACCCAUGUCAAUUUCUCCACCAGAUUUUUCACCUAAAACUGCAAAAUCAAGAACACCAGUGCAAGAGCACAGAUCUCCUGAGCAGUCAACUAUGUCAGUAGAAUUCAGUCAGGAGUCCCCUGAGCAGUCUUUGGCAAUGGACUUUAGUAGACAAUCUCCAGAACAUCCCACAGGAGGCACUAGUGUACACCAUAUAUCUGAAAAUGGACCAACUGAAGUAGAUUAUAGUCCUUCAGAGAUACAGGAACCUACUUUUUCACAUAAGAUAUCACCUGUGGAGCAGACAUGUUAUACUCAAGAAAAGGAUCUUUCAGAGAUUAUUUCAGUAUCUCAGAUUGAAGCUUCACCCUCAACUUCAUCAGAACAUACACCUUCACAGGUAGCUUCUCCACUGCAAGAGGAAACUCUCUCAGGUAUCAUGCCACCCAGAGAUAUGCCUCUGCAUUCUUCAUUUACCUCAGAAAAGAUGCAGAGCCUAGGAGAAAAGCUUUCACCAAAGUCUGAUUUAUCUCCUUUAACUACAAGAGAAUCCUCUCCUUUAUACUCUCCUAGUUUUUCAGAUUCACCUCCUGCGAUCAAAGAAACAACUGCUGUUUGUCACUCACCAUCACUAUCACUUCAUGUGUCCUCAGAUAAAAUAUUUGGUUACCAUACCUCAGUAACACAUGACACAGUAGAAGACUCUCUAACAAAACAUAGUCCAGAGCCUUUAGCCUCCACAGAAAAAGAUGAAACCGAAAAAAUCACCAGGUCAUCUGAGGCUAUUAGUUAUUCCUGUGAGACAACUGGGAAAACCACUAGAUCACCAGAGGCCAUUAGUUAUUCCUAUGAGACAACUGGGAAAAUUACUAGAUCACCAGAGGCCGUUAGUUAUUCCUAUGAGACAACUGGGAAAACCACCAAGUCACCUGAACCUGCUCUUAGUUAUUCCUAUGAGGCAGCAGAGAAAACCACAAGAUCACCAGAGGCCAUUAGUCACUCCUAUGAGACAACAGAAAAAACCAUCAGGUCACCUGAAGCCAUGGAUUAUUUUUAUGAGAGAACUGGAAAAACCACCAGGUCACCUGAGGCUAUUAGUUACUCCUACGAGCCACCAGAGAAAACCACCAGGUCACCUGAAGCCAUGGAUUAUUCCUAUGAGAGAACUGGGAAAACCACCAGAUCACCUGAAGCUGUAGAAUACUCUUAUGAACCAACAGAGAAAACCUCCAGGUCACCUGAAGCUGUGGAAUACUCCUAUGAGAGAACUGGGAAAACCACCAGGUCACCUGAAGCUGUGGAAUACUCCUAUGAGAGAACUGGGAAAACCACCAGGUCACCUGAGGCUGUAAGUUAUUCCUAUGAGCCAACAGAGAAAACCACCAGGUCACCUGAAGUCAUGGAUUACUCCUUCGAGACAACUGGGAAAUCAACGAGAUCACCUGAGGCUGUUAGCUAUGCCUAUGAGACACCUGGGAAAACAACAAGGUCGCCUGAGGCUGUUAGUUACUCCUAUAAGACAGAUGUACAUUUUGCUGCAGAAAAAUCAUCUCUAGCAGAAACCCGUCAAGAUGUCGAUUUAUGCCUUGUGUCUUCCUGUGAAUACAAGCAUCCCAAAACUGAACUUUCACCCUCAUUUAUCAACCCCAAUCCCCUGGAGUGGUUUGCCAGUGAAGAACAGUCUCAAGAACAAGAAAAGCCAUUAACCCAGUCUGGAGGAGCCCAGCCACCGUCAGGAGGAAAACAGCAAGCACGCCAGUGUGAUGAAACUCCUCCCACCUCAGUAAGCGAGUCUGCUCCAUCUCAGACCGAUUCAGAUGUUCCCCCAGAGACUGAAGAAUGCCCUUCUAUUACUGCAGAUGCUAACAUUGACUCAGAAGAUGAAUCUGAAACCAUUCCAACUGAUAAAACAAUUACAUACAAACAUAUUGACCCUCCACCAGUCCCAAUGCAAGACCGCAGUCCUUCACCCCGGCACCCAGAUGUCUCAAUGGUAGACCCAGAAGCUUUGCCUGUUGAUCAGAAUUUAGGCAAACCUUUGAAGAAGGAUCUGAAAGAAAAGACCAAAACUAAAAAGCUGGGUACGAAGACCAAGUCUUCCUCACCUGCCAAAAAAAGUGAUGGGAAAUCAAAGCAGGUGGCUUCACCAAAGCCAGGUGGCUUAAAGGAAUCUUUAGACAAAGUUUCCAGAACAGCUUCUCCAAAGAAAAAAGAGUCUGUGGAGAAAGCAGCGAAAAAUAUCUCUAUUCCAGAAGUAAAAUCUUCCCGUGUUGAGGAAAAAGAUAAGGAGGCCAAGAAUGCAACAAAUUCCACAACAUCGAAGUCUGCAAAGAUUGCAACUUCAGGACCUGGAAAUAGUAAACCAGCAAAAUCCACAGCUGUGCCUCCAGGACCUCCAGUGUACUUGGACCUGGUAUAUAUUCCCAACCACAGUAAUAGCAAGAAUGUCGAUGUAGAGUUUUUCAAGAGAGUGAGGUCAUCCUACUACGUGGUGAGUGGGAAUGAUCCUGCAGCUGAAGAACCAAGCAGGGCUGUUCUGGACUCCCUACUGGAGGGCAAGGCUCAGUGGGGAAGUAACAUGCAGGUGACCUUAAUCCCAACCCAUGAUUCAGAAGUGAUGAGGGACUGGUAUCAAGAGACUCAUGAGAAACAGCAGGACCUCAACAUCAUGGUUUUGGCAAGCAGCAGCACUGUUGUUAUGCAAGAUGAAUCUUUCCCUGCAUGCAAGAUUGAACUGUAGAAACAAGGCCAUACACUACAACAUUAAACUUUACUUCCUGAAAUUCUUCAGUUUGAAAAUACCUUUUCUAAAAAUUCAACCCAUCUAAUUCAACUGCUGAACUAUAUACCUGCCAAAUGCUAUACUGUGUCACGGUGAUGCAAAUCACUAAUAUUUUUCAGUCUUUGCUGAUUGCUAAGGGAAAUAACAGUAUUCCCAAAGUAGGGUUCAGAUUACUGCAAAAUUACAGAUCCUGGUUCAUCUCUGCUGAACAUUUGGAAACCAUGCACUAGCAAACCCAACUGACUUCUGCCAGGUAGAGGCAUUUGACCUCGAAAGAAACACAAAGAGAGAGAGAAAUAGAGAGAGGGGUAGGAGGAGAAAGUAUAAAUAAUUGGGUCUGCAUUAGUCUCACGGCGAUAGAUGUAUUGCUUACUGCAGUCUGCUUAUGCUCUCACGUGAAAAGAAAGUUUUAAAUUUGUAUCAGUCUGAGUUAUAGGAAAGGGGGCCUUAGUUUACAAAAUUAUGUGAGCUAAUAAUAAAAGGAAACUAAAUGUGGCUUUGAAGGGACAUAAGAUCUAAACACUCAUUAGCCAUUAACUAAUUUGAACGCUGCAUACGGACGUAACAUAAUUAUCAUACACUAAAUAUGCAAGUAGUUUGAACCCCAUUCAGAACUCUAAAACUUUUCUUUUAACAUGCAAAUAUGUUGGUCUAAGGCAUGCUCCCAGUGAAUAUCUGUUUAGUCCACUCAAAAUUGACAAACCUGCAUGCUUAAACACUCAAGUCAACAGCCAAUUUACUGAAGCAAAAUACCAAAGCAGUUGGGGAGUACAUACAGUAGACAAAUUGCCUUAGAAAGUGACUUGAAUGUACAAAGAUACUUAAUGCACUUAUUUUUUAAUGUGAGACAGCAAGUUUAUAAAACAUCUGUUUAGGAUUAUAGUUACACCAGUAAAGAAGUGUGAGUGUGCAUGUGUGGUACUAGAAGCCUAUCUGAUUGGUCAAACAGCUUGGUACUAUGAAUUAUGUAUGUUGGCUGAACACUUCAUUGGUAACACCUGGACAGCUCAACAAAACAAGACAAGCAUUUUUGCAAGCUGCUUUUGUACUGCGGAAGCAAGAUUGAAGUGGUGUCCAGUAUCAGAAAUGCAAAACUUAGUGAAACACAGUAUAUUGAAAAAGGUUCUCAGCGAGUCUGUACAGUAUUUUACUUUCCUUUGUCUUACGUUAUUUUAUUUGUUAAUUUAAGAGUGAAUAUGGGAACAAAUGUACAGAGAAUUUUUUUUAGCUCUGUGUGAACUUUUAAUAGAUGACUUUUUAACAAAAUUUUUUGUUUACAGGAAAAUGCAAAGAAAAAAAUUUCAGGUGAAGGCCUUUUUUUUAGUAGUUUUGUAAGAAAUACAUAAUGUUGUUUGAGGUUCUGGUGAGAAUGAAGUAUGAUAUUGCAGUAACAUAUUUAUUGAAAACAUUUAACUGCCAAGAAUUUUUGGGGAAAACCCUUAAUGAUUAAAUUCAUCUAUUAGCGCUCACAAAAAAUAGGAGUUGAAAUGCCAGUUGACUGCUCUUUACAAAGUGGUAGUUAGACUCACAAUUCUCCCAAGAUCUUUAAAAAGAUUGAAAAAGCAAUGAUUACCUUAAAUAAGCCAAGCAGGUUUUUUUUUUUUUUGGGGGGGGGGGGGGGUUGGUUUUCUUUGUAUGUGUGUGUUUUUGAUUUUUCUGUAAAGUGUUCCCAGUGUCUACAGAUCAUUUCCAAAAGUAAAAACAUACAGAUCAGUUCCACUAUUAAAGAGAGUUUGGACUCUUAAGUCUUGGAAGUUUUACCACUACAGAAAAUAUUGUUACAUUUCAGUUUGUAGACUUGUACAUCAGAAUUUAAAUAAGGUAAAGGCCUCCUAACUGGAGAUUUGUGCUGGUCUGUACAAUUCAUCUUUAUGGUAGGCUUUGAGUUCCACUAGGUAGUGAACAAUGACCUCAUUUUAUUUUCUUUACGUAUUACGUAUUUUAAAUGUUAACAUUGUUAGUUUAUUUUUGUUCGGUAGGUGUGUGUUUGCACUGCUAAUUUUUAUGUUUUGUGUUUUUUAUAUUACUUCAGAGCCCUUUAAAUCUGGGCCCUUGUAGCCCAUUUAAUGCUGUGAAUUACUGUUUGUCAAAUGUGGGUGGGGGUUGUUUUAAUAUUUUUGUUGGAUAUCAUUAGCAAUGCUAUUUUAUUUAUUGGUCUACCUUUUAGAUCCUUGAAAAUAACUCAGAAUGAUUUUGAUACAAAAGACAAAGGGAAAUGUAUUGUGAAAACAAGCGGAAUUUGCUGAGCUCAUAAUCAUUUACUUAACAUUUAUUUUGUCUACAAAGUGAAAGGCAAAAUAUUUUAUUAGAUAGCUGAUUUGGUAGAAUAGUUGUAUUAUUUCUACUACAAUUCUUUCUGAUUUAUCUACUCUCUCAUGUCAGUUAGAUUUCAGACUUUUUGGCUUCGGGGAGCAAAUUCCAGACUCUCCCAAAACUGGAAGUAGUUUGUUUCUCCACUUUGAUAGAAAAUCUAAUUAACAAUGAGCAAUGAUCUCGAGACUAAUCUUAUACCAAUGUAAAUCAGGAGUAGCUUCAUUGAAAUUGCAGGUAAAUUAGUAUAAAUUAAAUCAGAAACAAGCUUCAAAUCUCCAGCGCCCCAAGUAAAUUUGUAACAGCUCAAAUAAUUGUUUUACUUAAAAUAAGCCAGUUACAGCCAAUCUUAAACUGUACUUUGAUUUUUUUUGCUGCUACAGAAAAAGUCAGCUGUUUUGACUCAGCUGACAUUGUUCCUAUGAGAUAUUGUAAUACUUGUUCCAUCCACUGUUCUAAAUGACAGCCAAGCCUGAGUGUUAUUAACUUCCCAAUUAGCUCCUCUUGCCCUUAAUGCCUUUCCUGCCUGUGUAGCUAAUCUAAUUGUGCUAGUCAUAGUCAUACACAAUUAGUUUAGUAACAGUCAUCAAAAUGUACCAUGAACGUUAAUGGUGAGCGCUGUUGAUCAGCACAGAUUUCUAGGAGCAUGGUUUGAUACUGAUUACUCGAAUUAUAAAGAUUCAAUAUUUGAGUGUAAAGAACACUCUACUUAAAUGAUGUUGUUACCCAUGACAACAUUCCCAAUCAUGACCUUUAUGGUAGUACUGCACUGCUGAAUAAAAUUCAAUGAAGAGUUAACAUUGGAGAUCACAUCCAUUUCCAAACCUAAACAGAUCCCCUUGCAUGCCUUCUCAAAGUCUUGUGCUGGGGCUGACUACAUUGUCUCUUUCCUUUAAUUCCAUCUCCUGUAGAGUUCACUCUGGUGAAUGGAUCCAACUGUGUAUAUGGGGUUUUUUUAACUGUCUAUAGUAGCUUAUAUGGUUUAGGAGCCUUCCCGUACUCAUUUGCUAAGAUCUAGUAGUUUUGUUAAUGGAAUUUUCCACCCUUCCCAGUGCAAGAAAUUCAGCUGUAAGGAACUAUUACUGUGCAUUUUUGAAAUUUCUGUCAUAUGCCUCUUUAUUCAUCUGUCACCGGAGGUUCUUGCUCAGUGAUAACAUUUUGAGAGAAAUGGUAAUUUUUUUGGUCUGGAUUUAUUAGAAAAGGAAAAACUAUAAUGGUUACACUGAAAGAAACUGUAAGCUUUCAUCUUUUCACUUAAUAAUUGAACAAAAACACAAAGCAACCUAGUGAUAAGCAUUUCUUUGAAUGCAAUUCUGUUAUUCACCUGAUUUAAAAUGUUUGAUAUUUAAAAAAAAUCUGUUUGUUGUGACUUUACAAAAAAAAAAUCAAAUAACUAAAUAAAAAGGCCGCAUAAAAAUAUUGAAAAGAAAGGAAAAAAGGGAAAGAAAAAAAAAAGCUUCUCUGCACUUAACUAGCUAGGCGCUCCAGAUGGCAGGAGCUAUCCAUAAAAUUCAUUCAAGACUGGGCUGUAAUCACAACAUUAGAAGAGCAAUUAUGAAGUACAAUAUGCUUUCACAUGUUUGCAUGCAGCCAUGUAUCUUCCAAACUAUGGAAAGAAACAGUCUUGUUGCCAGCUGAGAAGCACCUCACACACUCCUCUCUCUUGUUCUGAAUGGUGUUUGUGUCAGUCUGCAGCUGUGUAUGGUAAUAUGUCUUAUAAUCCUGCAUCACUUCUAUUCUAUCCAGUCAUAUCUAAUGUAGAAAAAUAGUUUCCAGUGAAAGUAAUAUGUAGUGCUUUUAUGAUAUUUGUGUGCAAUAUCCCCUCUUCCAUUGAGGAUAUUUGAUGUAAAGGAAACAAACUCAGUUCCACAAUAAAAUACAAAAGUAAUGAA